AUGGAGGGCAAGGAUACUGAAAAGGCUCCGCACGCUCUCUGCAAAGAGUCGAGUAUUCCAUCCCCGACGGACUCCUCCCAGACCUUCGACUUGGAGUGCGAAUACAAUGACCCUAAGCUACCUCCAGUAGAUGGAGGACUCCACGCAUGGCUUUUCUUAGCAGCAUGCUUUGUGGUGGAAGGCACCGUAUGGGGAUUCGCCGCCUGUUUCGGUGUAUUUCAAAACUACUAUCGAAAUGACCCGACCUUCCAAGGGUCCCAUGCUAUAGCUGCGAUAGGGACCUGCGCAAUGGGCAUGGCGUACCUGCUAUCCCCCAUCGUGAUGGCCAUCUUGAUAGCCCUCCCUAGACUACAAAGAUGGGCAUCCUCGAUAGCAUUCGUAGUCCUAUCGCUUUCCCUGGCCCUGAGCUCAUUCUCCACAAACGUCACCCACCUAGUUCUGUCACAAGGCAUCGCAUACGGCACCGCAGGCUGCUUUGCCUACGCGCCAUCAAUCCUCUUCAUGCCGGACUGGUUCGUCAAAAAGAAAAGCCUCGCCUUCGGCAUUGUCUGGAGCGGCUCAGGCCUAACGGGGAUAAUCUUCCCUCUAAUCCUCCAAUCCCUCCUGGACGCCUACGGCUGGCAAACCACCCUCCGAAUCUGCUCGGUAGCAAUCUUCCUCCUCGCGGCGCCCUUCAUGCUGUUCCACAAACCGCGCCUCCCCCGGACAACCACCAACCUGCACCAACUCGACCUCAGCUUCCACCGCAACCGUACCUACCUAAUCUACCAAGCGUGCAACAUAGUCCAAUCGCUGGGCUUCUUCCUGCCCCAGAUCUUCCUCCCCAGCUACGCGGAACUGCUCGGCGCCAAAGGCCUCCAUGCGUCCUCCACAAUCACCGUCUUCAAUGUCUCGAACAUGUUCGGCUGCAUCCUCAUCGGAUGGCUUGCGGAUCGGUACCACGUCACGAAAUGCAUCCUCAUUUCCACGGUGGGGGCGGUGUUCUCCACAUUCCUGCUGUGGGGGUUGAGCGUGCAUCUCGCGCCGCUCUAUCUGUUUACUAUCGUGUACGGAUGCACGGGGGGCAGUUUUUCGUCGUCGUGGGCUGCGACUUCGUCGGAGGUCGGGAAGAGCCAUCCGUCUGCGGAUGUGAGUAUGGUUUUUGCGUUCAUGGAGACUGGUCGCGGCAUCGGGAAUGUGAUUAGCGGGCCGUUGAGUGAGGCGUUGUUGAGGACGAGGUUGUGGGAGGGCCAAGCUUGGGGCGCUUAUGGGACGGAGUAUGGGAUUUUGGUGGUGCUUACGGGCGUCACUGGUCUUCUUGGGGGGGUGUCAGUGGUGGCGAGGGCUUUGCGGUGGAUUUGA